AUGGAGCCAUCGGACGAGAUACAUGAGCUCUGCGCAACCGUUAACCAUGAGCUGGAUUACCACGAGGACCCGGCGACCUUCCGAGCGGCUCUGCAGGCAGCGUACGGCGACGAGCUUCAGGAAGCUGCGCUGAUCGUGCAGGACAAUCUUCAUUCUCGUAUCGGCUUCGCCGUGAGCCAAGGAGUUGCUGUGGUUGCAUGGCGCGGCAGCAAGACGCUGGUUGAGUUGGGCACGGACGCCGGCUUUUCACCCAGUCUUUGCCACCUGUGGUUCGAUCUCACAGACCAGAUCCAAGCACAUGGUGCAAUGAUGGCGGUGAUUGAGCAUGACUUCCUUGUCUUUCGGAAGCGCUUGGCAGCGCGGCUGUCGGCGCUAGAAGUGGGGCGGCUGGUCUUCUCAGGCCACUCCUUGGGCGCUGGACUGGCCCAGAUUGCACAUCUGGCACUGCUCGGCGAGCAGCAUGCCGGGCGGUUUUCGAAUCUUGUCGUCCAAAGUGUGGCGUUUGCUUCGCCAAUGGUCUUCUUUGUCGCCGCAGACAUUACGGAGGCCACGCAGUCCGUCUUGCAGGAGCUCUUCGACAGCAGCGUGAACUAUAUCUUGCACAACGACGCGACGCCACGCAUGCCCGGGCUGCCCGAAUUCUGGGUGCCAGCGCUGAAGGAGGCAGCCAAAGCCAUGGUCCGCAAAGGUUUCGCGGAGAAAGGAAGUCACCUUCAGCGCGCCGUCAAGUGGAAGCUGAUUUUCGGUGAUGGUCGUGUUGACAUCUUGUUCGAUCUACUGGAACGACGGACACAGUAUGCCCUGGAUUCCUGCCGUGGCUACCGGCACACUUGCAAACUCCUCCUGGUGCCACUCUACGAUGCGAGUCAGGGCAUCCUGGAGAUGGGCUUCGAGGAGUUUGCAAGUAUGCCGUACCGCGCAGAGAGUGACUCGGAUGAGAUGCUUCAUAUCGAGGCGGAGUUUGCUUGGAUCAUCCACGUUUGCCUGCCGAGGAACUUUGCCCGCACUUACCGACCUUUUCGACUGAAGCACGUGGCCUCGGGUCUGUGCAUUGCUUGCACGGAGGAGGGGCAGUUGCAACUGCGCAACAACUGGGGAACCAACCAUGACGAGCUGUUCUGGAAGAGGCUUCACGUGCAGAUCAACGUGCGGCCACCGGACGGUACCUUCCGCCUGGCGAGCAAGGCUUCCCAGCGCUGGCUCACCGUGGAGGGCAGCGAGCUACAAACCAGUGACGACGACAUUGAUGAGCAGUACUGGACGUUGUUCUUGAGAGGAGAUGGGGAGUAUCAUCUGGAGAGCUACUCCUCGGCCAAGCUGCUCACCGUGAUCGGACCCACUGGCCAG